AUGAAUCAAGACAUGCAGGACACUAAAGGGGAACUGGACGCAAUCUCACGCACUCCGCAUCUACCGCCAUUUUUGAGUGAGAAACCGACAUUGUGGUUCACAAUUGCCGAAGCAAUAUUUUCUCGAUGCCGCAUCAUCAAUGACCUGGCUAAAUAUGAAUUUGUAAUAGCUCACCUAGAUUGCAAAUAUUUACUCCAGAUUGAGGACGUGAUAAAUUCUCCGCCUGCAGAGAAUAAAUACAUAAAACUAAAGGAGGAAUUAAUCAAAAGGCUAUCAAUUUCCGAACGGCAAAGGAUAAGGCAAUUACUUUUGCAAGAAGAACUUGGUGAUCGAAGUCCUUCUCAGUUCCUACGUCACCUUCGUUCAUUGGUCGGAACAACUACAGUCGACAAUUCACUCCUACGAGAAAUCUGGAUUCAACGACUACCGGUACAGACUCAACAAAUAUUGCAAACCCAGAUCAAUGCAGACCUAGAAGAACUUGCAUCGCUCGCCGACAAAAUAUGUGAGAUUGCACAACCACCAGUAGUCGCAGCAACUAGUAACAACCAACAGCAAGACAUCAUACAAAAACUAAUUGAUAAAAAUGAUCAACUAACACAGCGUGUGGGAGAUCUUACAGAGCAAUUAGCCAAGUUAACCUAUCGUAGCAGACUCAACCUAUCAGCAAAUAGAAACUGUAGCCAUUUCGACAAGACAGGUCUAACCACUUCUUCAGGCCGAGAAGUACUUCUAGAUCGCGCAACCGAAAAACAUUCUGUUGGUACCACGCCAAAUUCGGAAAGAAGGCAAGAAAAUGCGAGAGUCAUUGUUCGUUCAGAGAGGAAAACUCCAACGGCAAGGAGUGAUGGCGACCUAUCCUUGCUCUUCAUCAAGCCGUCGCCUCUUCAUAAGUGA